AUGUACUGAAUCUGCUCCCAAAAACACCGUGUUCUAAUUAAUUCUCCUCUUCAUUUUUCUUCUAAGGUUAGUGAUGAAAAUGAGGGCUGGUUAUAGCAUUUUCCUUCUCAUUCUUUCUCUUACUGUUUGUAAUGCUGGUAAGUUGAGUAAUACCUUUUACAAAAAUACUUGCCCACAAGUUGAGAAGAUCGUGAGAGAGAUUAUCCAGAUUCAUACUCGAAACAAUCCAUCUUUGGGUGCUCAACUUAUUAGGAUGCAGUUCCAUGAUUGCUUUGUUAGGGGAUGCGAUGCAUCAGUGUUGUUGGAUACAGUUAGCAAUUCCAAGGCUGAGAAAGAAGCAAUACCGAAUCAAUCUUUAGGUGGUUUCGACGUGAUCGACGAUAUCAAGGCAGCAAUCGAAAGGGUUUGCCCUAAAGUCGUUUCUUGUGCGGAUAUUCUUGCCUUGGCAGCUCGUGAUGCAAUUUCUUCACCUUUUAAAAAGUCGAUGUGGAGCGUACAGCUUGGAAGAAGAGACGGUAGAGUUUCACUGGCAACUGAGAUCAGUGGAAACCUCCCUAGUCCCUUUGCAAACUUCACUAGUUUGGUUCAACUAUUUAAGGGGAAAGGCCUUAAUGUUAAUGAUCUUCUUGUUCUUUCAGGUGCACACACCCUUGGAGAUUCUCGCUGUGGAGCUUUCUCAAGAAGGCUUUACAACUUCACAAGCAAAGGCGAUGCUGAUCCGAGCUUAGAUCCAACUUAUGCUAAAAUCUUGAGAAAGAAAUGUCCGAACCCAGCAAGUCCAGCAAUAACAGUGGAAAUGGAUCCUGGAAGUUCACUAUCAUUCGACAAUCAUUACUACGAUAUCUUAUUACAAAGGAAAGGGUUGUUCGUUUCAGAUGCUGCACUUCUUACAGACAAGAAUUCCAACAAGAUUGUGACUCGGUUACAAAGGUCACGUUCGUUGUUUUUCACUGCGUUUGCAAAAUCGAUGAAGAAAAUGGCAGCCAUUGGAGUUCUCACUGGAAAUGCUGGAGAAAUUAGGCAAAACUGCCGUGUUGUCAACCCAGGAAAGAAUUAAAAGAACAGUGAUAAAUUUGCAUGCAUUUCUGUGUCAAGUUUCUGGGGAAAAAAUAAUGAUUGAAUUUUGCAUAAGUGAAUAAAUUGAAGAAUAUUAGGAUAA